UAGCAUUUCUGUUAUAUAAUUCUCUUCUUGUGACUCUGAAGCCAUAUAUUUUUAUAUAAAUUAUUUUCCUUUCUUUUGAGUAUGGCACUUGUUUGAGUUAAUUCAUUCUUUCUUCUUUCUCUCUCUCUCUUCUUUUAAGAAUGAGUGGCAAGCGUGUCUCAGAGCUUUUCCUCUUCUUAUUUGAAGAGUGUUUAUAUAAGCAUGUGAAAAGACACCAUUGGAGUAGAGAAUAGAAGGUUACCUAGAUUUUACAUUUUCUUCCAAUUAUUAUAUAUGUUAGAACAUUUUGUUAUUGAACUUGCUUUAAUGGGGUUCUUUUUAUUAUUAUUAUUAAUUUGGUAAGAUACAUGUUUGAGGUUUUGUCUAGUUGUCUAGCUAUCACUUACAUCUUUCUAUUUGAUUCCUUAGAAUCUUCAGAAUUGGUAUGUUUCUUUCUUCUUUUGGCAAAACAACAACACCAUCAUUCUUAAAUGUUAUAUAUAUAUAUGCCUUUCGUAUCGAAGCUCUUAUGCUUUUUUCUCUUUUGGGCUUGUUAAGAUUACUAAACUUGGAAGAAAAACUCCUAAAUUAAUGGUCAGAAGCUCACCAUGAAUUUAACUUUUCUCCUCUUAAUAUUAUUCAUUCUAUGCUUCUGGGCACAAUGCUUAAAUGGAGCCUCAUCAUCAUCAUCAUCAAGACCUGCAGAAGUGAAUGUUGGAGCUAUUUUCACAUUAAAAACAAUCAAUGGUAGAGUCUCAAAGAUUGCUAUUAAGGCAGCAGAACAUGAUGUGAACUCAGAUAAGAGUGUUCUUGGUGGGACUAAAUUGUCUAUCUCUUUUCAUGAUUCCAACUUCAGUGGAUUUCUUGGCAUUGUUGGUGCACUUAGAUAUAUGGGGUCUGAUACUGUUGCUAUAAUUGGUCCACAAAAUGCUGUAAUGGCCCAUGUACUUUCACAUCUUGCAAAUGAGCUUCAUAUUCCAUUAUUGUCUUUUACAGCUCUUGAUCCUAACCUAUCACCUAUACAGUACCCUUAUUUUGUUCAAACUGCACCUAAUGACUUAUUCCAGAUGGCUGCCAUUGCAGACAUGGUUAGUUAUUUCGGUUGGUCUGAUGUCAUUGCAAUUUUCACUGAUGAUGAUCAAAGUAGAAAUGGGGUAACUGCAUUGGGUGAUAAACUUGCUGAAAAGCUUUGUAAAAUCUCCUACAAAGCAGCACUUCCACCUGAUCCAAAAGCAACUAGAAUUGAUGUUGAGAAACAGUUGGUACAGAUUCGUAUGAUGGAGAGUAGAGUGAUUGUCUUACACACAUUUUCUUAUUCGGGUAAGCUUGUUUUCGAAGUGGCAAAAGAGCUUGGAAUGAUGGAAUCAGGUUAUGUUUGGAUAGCUUCAACUUGGUUAUCUACUGUUUUGGAUUCACUUUCACCACUUCCAUCUAAUACUGUUAAAUCUAUUCAAGGAGCUCUCACACUUCGUCCACAUACACCUGAUUCAGACAAGAAAAGCGCCUUCAUUGCUCGGUGGAACCAGUUGAGUAAUGGCUCUAUUGGGUUGAACCCUUAUGGUUUGUAUGCCUAUGAUACAGUUUGGAUUAUUGCUAGAGCUUUGAAAAGGCUUUUGGAUCAAGGGGGUAACAUUUCAUUCUCUAGUAACACAAACUUAAAAAGUCACUCAAAAGGGACUUUGAAUCUUGGUGCAUUGAGCAAUUUUGAUGGUGGGGAAAAUCUACUCAACAACAUAUUACAAACCAGAAUGAUAGGCCUAACUGGAUCACUAGGAUUCAAUCUAGACAGAUUCCCAAGGAGACCUUCUUUUGACAUUAUUAAUGUAAUUGGUAAUGGAUACAAACAGAUUGGAUAUUGGUCUAACUAUUCUGGUCUCUCUGUUGAUUCCCCAGAGGUACUUUAUACCAAGGCACCAAACAAGUCCUUUGCACACCAACAUUUGGACAGUGUAGAAUGGCCAGGAGGAACAAGGAUCACACCUCGCGGAUGGGUUUUUCGGGACAAUGGGAGGAAACUGAGAAUUGGUGUUCCAAAGAGAGUUAGUUAUAAGAACUUUGUAUCACAAAUAAAUGGUACUGAUAUGGUUCAUGGAUACUGCAUUGAUGUGUUUCGCGCUGCUAUAAGGCAACUUCCCUAUCCAGUUCCUUAUAAGUUUAUUCUAUUUGGAGAUGGUCAUAAGAAUCCAAGCUAUUCAGAGCUUGUUAACAUGGUUUCAUCUGGUGUUUUUGAUGCUGCUGUAGGUGACAUUACCAUUGUCACAAACAGAACAAAGAUUGUGGAUUUCACUCAGCCUUAUAUAGAAUCAGGGUUACUUGUGGUGACACCAGUCAGGAAGUUGAACUCAAUUGCUUGGGCAUUCUUGAGACCAUUUACACCACUCAUGUGGGCUGUCACAACAGUUUUUUUCUUUUUUGUUGGUGCAGUGGUUUGGGUACUUGAACAUAGAAUAAAUGAUGAGUUUAGAGGGCCACCAAAGAAACAGAUUAUCACAAUGAUAUGGUUUAGUCUCUCUACUAUGUUUUUUGCACAUAGAGAAAACACAAUGAGCACUCUUGGCCGGUUUGUGAUGCUUAUCUGGCUUUUCGUCGUUCUGAUCAUAACCUCGAGCUAUACUGCUAACCUGACAUCAAUUCUCACAGUACAACACUUAUCAUCUCCCAUAACUGGAAUUGAUACAUUGGUAACAAGCAAUCAACCAGUAGGAUUUCAAGUAGGAUCAUUCGCCGAAAACUACUUAAGGGAAGAACUCAACAUCCCACAAUCUAGACUUGUUGCUCUUGGCUCACCUCAAGAAUAUGCUAUGGCACUUGAGAAUGGAACUGUGGCUGCUGUCAUCGACGAAAGACCAUACAUUGAGCUCUUCCUUUCAGAGCAUUGUAUGUUCGCAAUUCGUGGCCAAGAAUUCACCAAAAGUGGCUGGGGAUUUGCAUUUCCAAAAGACUCACCAUUAGCCAUUGACAUGUCAACAGCCAUGUUAACUCUCUCAGAGAAUGGAGAUCUCCAAAAGAUUCAUUCAAAAUGGUUAGCUAAAAAGGCUUGUAAUGCACAAAUAUCAGACUUUCAAUCAGAACAGCUUCCAUUACAAAGCUUUUGGGGACUAUUUGUGAUCUCUGGCAUUGUGUGUUGUGUCUCUAUUUCAAUCUACUGUUACAAAGUUAUACGCCAAUUCAAACUGAGUUUCCCUCGUGUGAAUGACCCUUCUGGACAUGGAAGCUCUCGUUCUGAACGUGUCAUGCAUUUCUUAGCAUUCAUUGAUGAGAAAGAGGAAGACCAGUCAAGUGUAAAGACAUUGAAAAGAAAAAGAAGUAAUGAUCUUUAUGAAAGUAGUAAUGGGAUAGAAGAUGAGUCAAGGCAUAAUGGUAGAACUUGGCCUCAGUAGCUAAUUGCUGUGAUAGUAUAGAACUAAUUGUUUUAACAAGUUUGAUCUAGUUUUACUAUUAACAAAAAAUCAUAUUAGGAGGAAAAGUGUUAGAGAGUCUCCGUUGAUAAUGUUGUGAGAGAUUAAUACUAUUUAUAAGAUGCAUAAAUUACUUUUUUUUUAUUGUUAAUUAAUUUUGAGAUGAAAUUUGUGCA